UGUCAUUGACUGGUUUAGCUAUCUUAGGAAGCUAACUUAGUGGUAGUUAUAGGAUUGAUUUAGUCACCUUAUUGAACCAGCUGUGGAGUCCAAAUGAGUUUAGACACUCUCUUUCAACAAAUACUUGUUACUGAGCAGCAAUUAACCGAACAGACACAAAGAAUUAAAGAUGUCAAAGUGGCCAUCAUCAGAUGCAAUGAGAAGCUUAAGAUUGCCACAGACAAAUAUGAAGAGACCAGUGAGGAACUUGAUAAAAAGGCUCAGCAGUUGUCUGCGGCAAGACUGCAGUAUGAUCUGACGAAGAAAUGUGAAGACCAGAUGUUGAAGCAAAUUGAGGAGCUGCUCUGUCAGGAAAGCCACCUCCGGGAACGUCUAGCCAAGAUAAAGAGGGAGUCCAAAGAAGAAGAGGAAAAUUUCAUUCAAGAGAUCUCAAGGUUCAACAGUGACUUCAGUCUUCGAGGGAACAGAGAGACAGUGUUCGAGAGCCAAACACACACUGAGCUCCUGGACCUGCAGAGGGAGGUGGAGUCAUUAUACAAAGAGAUGGAGCUAAUGAGCAGCAGAAACAGUCACAUAAGCUCCAUGGACGUGGAGAAGAGGGCACUCCUGCUUGAACUACAGGGUCUGGAUAACAGACAGAAAGACUUGGAUCACCAGCUGAGUGAGGCUGAAGCGAUGACAGAAUCUCUGAGAUCGGAGAGUCAGUUUGUCAGUCAGAAACCUCUCACUGACAGCACCUGUCUGAGGCUGAAGAAAGAGCUUGAAAUGCAUAAAGAACUCGAGCAUGUGCGAGAUGCCCUCAGCUCAGAAAUACAUCUCCUACAGUCUAGACUGGACAGAAGCCAAGGAGGUGAGGAGCAUUAGGAGUGUCCCAGUGAUGAUACAUGGAGGUUACCUGAGUUCACUUUGUUUUUAGACAAACACAGAUGAAUAGACAGGAAAGAAGAGAUAGAAAAGGAAGAAACAGUCAGAUCAUACAUUUGUUUGUGACUUUUAGUUAGUUACUAUGAAGAGUUUUACUAGAGCGCUUCAAACAUAAUACAGAGAGACAAUAUUACACUAUGAGGACAAGUUGCUUAAAUUACAGUUGUUUCUUUUUAAAUGUAACUCAUUUGUUCAAACAGGAUAAAAAUGCUUCCAAAAAUGACUUUCUACUGCCAUCUAGUGUCCAAAGUGUAAUAUUGCUAUGAUCUGAUGUUAAUCAUUUAGAUCAUAAGUGUCACAAACAGUAUAGGUUCAUUGCCAGUAUUUGAA